UCUGAAGUUAAAAAGACUUCCCAACUUCAGUUAUUUGGUUUAAAGACCUACCGGUCGGGGGAGAGGUCACUUCAAUGCAUUGCCAUGUUCUGCCAGCUAUGAGCAUCCAAGCCACCACCAAAGGCAGUGCAGCAAUAAUGGAGAACUCCACAGAAGAAGUUGAGUUAGUGAGGGAGGAGGGUGUCACCAGUUCAAAGCAGCACUGCAAACAACACAUUUUAGAAAACCACACCAUCCACUGGGGCUUCAGUUUGACAGCCUUAUCGGCAAGGGAACGUAGACGUCUGCUAAGACAGCAGGAAGAUGCUUGCCGUCUUAAGGAAAUGGGUGACAAGAAUAAGGAAAACCUCCCUUACUAUGCAGUGUUUGUUGAGGAGGGUCAGCUACGAUUCAAAGAAACCACACCACAUGCCGAAAAGAAAGCUUUGGAGGACUUGGAGAAAAUUGUUGAAGACAGUUUCAAGCCUAAAAGAUCCAAAUCAAGCUCUGAGACAAGUACAGAGCAUGACCAAGAUUAUAGCCAGGACAUGGAGAAUAAAAUGCAAAGCUCGUCAGCAUGUCAAAUGAACUCUGCGCUGUCAGAAUCCGAGCACAUUCAAAAUGCUUCAUUCCAGGCCAAAGAAAUACUGGAUUUUCAGAACAGCACGGUGCUGAAUGAAGACACAGUGGAACUUCAAGAUUCCAAUGAGCUGGUGGAAGCCGAUCCUAAGGGGAGCACCCAGCUGCAGCCAUCUGCAGACAACACCACCCCCGCUGCUACUGAAGAAAGCAAUGCUUCAAUCAAGGGCACCAUCGAGGACGACAGCUCUUUAAUGAAACUACAGUCUUUGGAAGUUGAUCUGAGCUCCUCAUUUCUGCCAGCGCAGGAAGACAAUGCCCAGGUACAGCACCCCAAGGAGCAGAGCUUGGAAGCGGAACACGCUGCACAGGGAGAAGAUGCUAACACUGGAGAGCCCCAGACAGCCUUCAGAAACUGUCAGAAUGAAUCUGACAUCCAAGCCGAAGCACAGCAGUAUCCCAAGACCAGCCGGCUCCUCCACCACAUCACUGACGGAGGCAAUCCCCAGCCCUCGCCUCGCUGCUUCAGCCAGAGCCAGCGAUUCAACACCGACCCAGAGUCUGCUCCUUCCCCCCCAUGCUCUCAGCAAUUCAGAAUGUCAUGGGGCGUUGUCAGGGGAGAUCCCCCAGAGACUGCGAAAGAGCCUGUAUCGGUGACACUGCUGACAAAACACAUUCAGAACGUGAAGAAGAAAAUCAAGAAAUAUGAAGAGAAGUUUGAGCAAGAAAGGAAAUACAGGCCUUCACAUAAUGAUAAAACAGCAAACCCUGAAAUCUUCAAACUGAUGAACGACCUGGCCAAAUCUCGCAAACAACUCAAAGAAAUUUUGAAAAAUGUCUGUGAAAGAACUUGAACUAGGGGAGCCAACCAACAGAGAGAGCUGUGCAGCAUGAAAUCUGGCCAACAUGGGGCAGUAGCGCUACAGCAGAAACCUUGCCUGGAGGAAACUGUGGAGUCUUUGAUAAUGAGACUAAAGGAGAAGCGCACAGUACUCGGCCUGCCAGAGAACAUGAAGGAAAUGACCCAAAAGCAAAUGGCUUUAGAAAAAGUUACCCUGCAAAAAUGCUUGUUGUAUUUCGAGAGCCUUCACGGACGGCCGGGAACCAAACAGGAACGGAAUCUUAUGAAACCAUUUUAUGACCGAUACAGAAUGAUCAAGCAGUUUCUGUGUGAGGCGUCUUCAAUUACUACCAUUGAAGAAGAGGGAUCUGAUGAAGAGAAUAUGCAGCACAACCCACUACCACCUUCCAGAAUAAUAUCCCAGAAUUCUUCCGAAGAGUCUUUGUGUCUCUAUGAGGAAGACAAUGAGCUUGCCUUUGUAUCCCCUUUAGAUGAGAUGAAAGCUAUCAGGCAGACCGUUGUUACCAUGUCCAGUUUACACGAGGCCUCCAUGCCUGAGUUGCUGGAGCACCUUCGAGAAACCAGAGCUGAAAAGAAGAGACUUCGAAAAACUUUGAGAGAUUUUGAAGACCAGUUUUUAAGACAAAUGGGGAGGACUGCACAGAAAGAGGACCGAACUCUCAUAGCUGAAGAAUACUGUGAGUUCAAACAAAUUAAAGCAAAACUUAGAUUACUGGAAGUUCUCGUCAGCAAAAAGGAAGCCGCACAGACUACGUGAGAAGAAUUUCCUGCUUCGUUAUUGAACAUGUUUGGAACUGUUGAUGUUUGCAUUGACAGAUGUUUAUAUGUAAAUUGAUCGUGCCAUACAGACUCUAUGAUGCACUUUAAUAACAACACUGGUUGCGAAGAUAGACAGAAAGAAAUUCAACGGUUGCCAAGCAACAGAUUAUACUUAACAGUUGUUUGUGACAAACUGAUACACACAGCCUGUCUAAUUAAGUAGCUAGUUCUAAAAGCUGGUUUGUUGUUCAAUGAUACAAAAAAAAAAAAAAAAAAAAAAGGUAGACACAGAACUGGUAGGUGUUUUUACAGUAGUGGUCUUCAUUCCUAUACGUAUAAAUACAGCACUUUAUUUUUACUUAAGGGGAACACCAAAGUAUUUCCAAAAGAUGCGGUUUCCUCAUUACUGUCAUUAGCUGUUAACACGUUUUGUAAUCUUAACGUCCGGCUCCAGAGGGUUUCAGGCUAUUUGCAUCCUUUUUUUUCCAUUUUGAAACCCUCUGCAGAAAAGAUUAUGUGCACAGUGGCAAAUAGAUAUUUGAAAGGCUAUCUUCCUGUAAGCAGUGAACCUCUGUGUGAUAUUUUGAUCAUAAAACUGUCUUCACUGGCAAAUUGCUGUAUAGCCCCAUGGGUCACUUCAAAUCCUAAUAUUCUUGAUAUACCUCUUUGUGAAAUGCAUAGCAAACGGCAUAAAUGCAGAGCUUCAAAGUAUUCUCGAAAAAGCUUCUAUAAAACUUCCAUUUUGAAGCAACCCCUUAUAACCUGUCAAAACCUUGAGCAGGUUGACUAUGUAAACCUUCAAUACCUUUCUGUUUACUAAAUUGUCAUAUUUUCCUGUUCUAUUUUUAAUGUAGAAUGAAACUGCAGUAUGGUGUGUUGAGUUACAAAUACAGCAAUAUGCCUAAUAGAUUGAGUCGACCACUGAAGACAAAGGGUCAUUAAAUAAUUGUUCUGUUUGCAAUU